AAUCCCAGCGGCGCUGUCACUGUUAUGGGCCUGUCAGGGCGCCGGCGUCGUGGUGCUUGGGUGGUCACCAUCGGGAGGACUUUGGUGGGGCAGUGUCAGGACAGCUCAGCGGCUAACUGUGCCCGUCUGCGGCCUCACUCCCGGCUUGCACAUCCGGACUCGCAGGCCGCACUGUCGGGCGAGCGUGCGGGUCGGCGCCGGGGCCGCCUUGGGAUCUGAGCUCAGCCGCAGCUUCCUCUACCGCGGCCGGCUCGGAGGGGCCGCGAGAUGCAGCCUCCGGGCCCGCCCCCCGCCUACGCCCCCACUAACGGGGACUUCACCUUUGUCUCCUCAGCUGACGCGGAAGAUCUCAGUGGUUCAAUAGCAUCGCCAGAUGUCAAAUUAAAUCUUGGUGGAGAUUUUAUCAAAGAAUCUACAGCUACUACCUUUCUGAGACAAAGAGGGUAUGGCUGGCUUCUGGAAGUUGAAGAUGAUGAUCCUGAAGAUAACAAGCCACUCUUGGAAGAAUUGGACAUCGAUCUAAAGGACAUUUACUACAAAAUCCGAUGUGUUUUGAUGCCAAUGCCAUCACUUGGUUUUAAUAGACAAGUGGUGAGAGACAAUCCUGACUUUUGGGGUCCUCUGGCUGUUGUUCUUUUCUUUUCCAUGAUAUCAUUAUAUGGACAGUUUAGGGUGGUCUCAUGGAUUAUAACCAUUUGGAUAUUUGGUUCACUAACAAUUUUCUUACUGGCCAGAGUUCUUGGUGGAGAAGUUGCAUAUGGCCAAGUCCUUGGAGUUAUAGGAUACUCAUUACUUCCUCUCAUUGUAAUAGCACCUAUACUUUUGGUGGUUGGAUCAUUUGAAGUGGUGUCUACACUUAUAAAACUGUUUGGUGUGUUUUGGGCUGCCUACAGUGCUGCUUCAUUGUUAGUGGGUGAAGAAUUCAAGACCAAAAAGCCUCUUCUGAUUUAUCCAAUCUUUUUAUUAUACAUUUAUUUUUUGUCUUUAUAUACUGGUGUGUGAUCCAAGUUAUACACGAAUAGAAAAAGAUGGUGUUACAUUUGUGUGUAGACUGGGAAUUCUUGCUGAAGGAAUUGGUGAAAACCUGUUGCUGGUAAAAUUUUACAUGUUCCAGAUGGAAAGGGAAGUUUAAGUGCUUUUUACAACAAUUUUUUUUUGUAUUUAAUUAAGCAAUUGCAGUAUCUGGGAUUUUUGGGUCAGAAUUUUAAAUUCUGUUUGAUUCUCCAUAUUCCAGUGAAUAAAAUACAAAAGCAUUGUGUUUUUAAGAUUGUGUCAAUAUUCACCUAAAAACUUGUGCCAAAAGCACCUGGAUUGGUAAUUUUAUUUCACUUGAAGGGUAAAUUUGACAAUGUCCUGAUAAUCUAAAGUGCAGUUUUUUUCUUUAAAAUGUUUUCUCCAGCAUCACAGAUCCUGCAGAUAUAUAUUUAUAUUUAUACAUAUAUAUUUAUGAAAUAAUUAUUCACAAAAUAUAUUUCUGAAUAGAUUAAACACUAGGAUAUUAAAUCUGAUGCCUAAACCUUUUUUCAUUUGGCCAUUAAUCUUUUUUGUUUAAAAAUUUAAAUUUGUUUUUAAAAUUGUAUAUAAUUUUUUAAAUCUCACACAUGCUUCAAUACUUCCUUGUUAAGAAUUCUUAAUAACUACUAAAACUGAUUUUAAUAGUUGCUGAUAUAUAUUUGUGUGGGUGUACUUUUUAAAACAAUUUUUGAAUGUCCAAACAUCUGAUUUAAAGUUUCUGUUUAUCUUUCUGUUCAAAGGAGCAAAAGGUAUAAUGAAUAUGGCAUUCAUUAAAAUCAUUAUUCUGUACAAAAACAGUAAUAUUUGCAGCAUCAGUGAAUAUUUUUAAGUGGUGCUUCUAAGUCAUAAAAGUUGCAGAAAGAGACCUUUAAAAUCCUGUGGUCUUGAACAAUGUUAUAUGGAAUAGAAAAAAAUAAAAUACUUCCCACUUGCGUGUUUUUUUUU